ACGUUUUCAAACUAGCCCAGUGAGUGAGUGUGUGAGAAAAAAGGAGCCCUGUUUACAGCGCUGAUCCACGGCAGACGCGCCGCCGAACCGCUAGACUAGCCGCUACGUUCACACGCAUAUGAACUCCAUCGACUGUAACAACGGAGAAAAGCAUCUGUUUGCAUUUAGGACUUAAUAUCUCAUACUGGAGCGGCUUUUUUUGAGGAGCAUUCAAACGCUGGUGGCCUAUGCUUUUUGGGACAGCUACGACUACGUUGCUAACCUCUCAACGUUAGAAUUAAAAAAUCUCAGACGGCGAGGCUGAUAAAAGACAGAAGGGUGGGAGCAAGAAAAGCGGUCUGUAGUUCAUGGAACCAUUCUCGCUGUGCUUAUUUUGGUUUUAAACGGCAUCCGGGAUUGGCUAUUCACUGGGAGUGUUUGGCUUUCUGAAAUUAACGUUAUCCAUUGGAAUGUCGCUCUGAAUGUGCUGUUCAAGCCUCAUCUGCACAAUGUCGUCCACGUCUGACCUACCACCACACGCUAGCUAGCUAGCUAGCCUUCUCAAGCAGCGUCGAGGAGUACCGUGCAUCUGAGCGAGGAGUCUUGCCUCCGUUAUUUUUUUUUUAAGAAAUGGAAUAUGAAGAUGCGGACGAUAAAAGGAUUGGAAUAUACAGCCUGUAUUUCGAGGCACUUAUGCACACAUCGGUGUACGGAUUACGCGACUUGUGAAGACAUUCGAAUACCAUUGAUAUUCGCAUGCCCCAUGCCGAAAAAACCCUAGCGUAGCUAGCAGGCUAACUGGCUUGAGAUCUCCCCAACAACAGACUCCCGAGAAAUUCCAGCGCACGCCAAAAGGCUGGCUAAGAGUUUGUUGCAUGGCUAGCUAACAUUAGCCAAUUUGUUUGUAUUAGAAGGUUUAGUUUUUCACUAUUCAGAUGAGCAACUGAUUGUUAUUAUUCUAAUUUUGUAAAUAAAGUUGCCAAGGACCUAUUAGACGUGAUACAACCAAGCCUGACUGGAUUGAAAUUAGCUAGCAGUGCUAGCUUUUUUUCAGGACUGGACAACAACCGCAAGCUAGGUAGCCUACGACGAGGCUAUCUACGCAUAUUGAACUGACUGAAAUCAGUUGAAAGACUUAAAAGAAAUAUUUUGGUUUGGCGGAGGACCGUAUUUGUUCACAGGAAUGAGGUCUAGUAAACGAAGAAAUUAUUUGACCUUGUUUUACGGUCUGCUGCUGUCCUUCUCAACAAUUUACAUCGGGCCCGCAAAUGGAGAAAUCUGUGGCCCGAGCAUGGACAUCGGUAACGACCUGUCGGCGUUUGCGCGGCUGGAGAACUGCACGGUGGUGGAGGGCUACCUGCACAUCCUGCUGCUCAACAACCACGUGAACCAGGAGGAGCUGCGGGCGCUCAGCUUCCCCAAGCUCACCGUCAUCACCGACCACCUGCUGCUCUACCGCGUGGAAGGCCUCUACUCCCUCUCCACCCUCUUCCCCAACCUGGCCGUCAUACGCGGACGCAACCUCUUCUACAACUACGCACUCGUCAUCUUCGAGGUGAACAACCUCAAGGACAUUGGCUUGGCCAGCCUGCGCAACAUCACGCGCGGCGCGGUGCGCGUGGAGAAGAACCAGGAGCUGUGCUACGUCAACUCGGUGGACUGGUCCCUGGUUAUGGACACCAGCAACAGUAAGAGCAACUUCAUCGAGCACAACAAGCCCGUGGCCGAGUGUGGCGACGUGUGCCCCGGCGCCAUGGAUACGGAGCAGGCGCAGCAUCAGCACCAGCCGCCGCAGCAUCCGCAGUGUGUCAAGACCAACUUCAAGGGCAAGGACAGGCACCGCUGCUGGACCUCCACACACUGCCAGAAAGUAUGUCCAUCGCGGUGCAGUGGUGGCGGAGCGUGUACCGACUCCGGCGAGUGCUGCCACCCCCAGUGCCUGGGCGGCUGCUCCGUGGCCAAUAGCGACGCGGCGUGCUCGGCGUGCGUGCACUACUUCCACGAGGGCCGCUGCGUGGCCGACUGCCCCGCCGGAACUUUCCGCUUCGAGGGCUGGCGCUGCAUCACCAUGGACACCUGCGCCCGCAUGCACCACCCGGAGCGCUACGACCCCGAGCCCUUCGUGACGCGCGACGACCCCGAGCCCUUCGUCAUGCACGCCGGGGAGUGCAUGCAGGAGUGCCCCUCGGGAUACACGCGCAACGGCAGCCAGAGCAUGUUCUGUCGUGAGUGUGACGGGAUAUGUGAUAAGGUGUGUGAGCCGACCAAGACCAUCAUCUCGCUGGAGGAGGCCCAGAGUCUACGAGGCUGCACCGUCAUCCAAGGCAACCUGGACAUCAACAUACGCAAAGGAGGGAGCAUCACAGAGGAGCUGGAGAGCUUCCUGGGCCUCAUCCAGACGGUGACGGGCUACGUCCGGAUCCGCAACUCCAACACCCUGCAGUCGCUCUCCUUCCUCAAGAGCCUCCGAUUCAUCAACGGAGAACAGCUGUGGGACAAUAUGUAUGCAUUCUCUGUGAUGCACAACCAGGACUUGGAGAAGCUGUGGAACUGGAGUUCCCACAACCUGACUAUCCGCGCUGGGAAGCUGCACUUCCGCUUCAACCCCAAACUCUGCAUGAAGGAGAUCCACACCAUGUGGGAGAAAACCGGCAUCAAGGGCCAGUACGACAAGGACCACUUCAGACACAACGGAGACCGCGCUAUAUGUGAGAGUGGUAAGCUGACCUUCAAGUCCAACCGCACGACCAGCAGCACCAUCACCCUGACCUGGCACAGAUACCGCCCCCCCGAACAACACACACACGCCAGCUUCAGCGUGUACUACAAGGAGGCGUCUUUCCAGAACAUCACUGAGUUCGACGGCCAGGACGGCUGUGGCUCCAACAGCUGGACUCUGCUGGACGAGGACUCCCAUCCGCAGGAGACCCUGACCUCCGGCCGCGACCUCGCCACCUUGACCGGCGACCCCAGCGUGACCUUGACCCCCCUCAAGCCCUGGACGCAGUACGCCAUCCUGGUCAAGGCCACCACGCGCGCCGAGGACGGCUCUACCAGCCACGGGGCCACGAGUCAGAUCGUCUACAUACGCACCAGGGCCUCAGAGCCGUCUAUGCCGGUGGACAUGCGGGCCUUCUCCAACUCCUCCACCCGGCUACAGGUUCGCUGGUCGCCGCCCGUGCACCUCAACGGGAAUCGAACCUACUACCUCCUCCGCUGGCAGCAGCAGCCCGAACACAAAGGACUCUACCAGCACAACUACUGCUUUAAAGGUGUGGACAUGAAGCUGCCCUACCGGUUUCCUGGUUCCCAGGGGGACGAGGAGGGCGGUAAGGCCGGUAAGGGAGAGGGCGGCGGGGGGGAGAAGGGCCCGUGCUGCCCCUGCCCCAAGACCUCCCAGGACAUCCAGAAGGAGGUCGACCACGCCGUCGUCAGGAAGGCCUUCGAGAACUUCCUGCAUAACGCCAUCUUCCAGCCCAGACCCCCGGACCGGCGUAAGCGAGAUUUGUUUGGCGUGGCCAACGCUACUCUGACCUCAUCCUCAUCACUGAACAGCAGCGUGGCCGAAGGGGGAGGGGCCAACACCACUGAGGGGGCGGGGCAUGGGUCAGGCCAUGGUGGUGGUGAGUUUGAGUUUCUGGAGCGCGAGGUGGAGGAUCGCAAUGUGGAGCUGAGCGACCUGCAACCCUUCACCGUCUACCGCAUCGACCUGCACGCCUGCAACCACGGAGUCCCCGCCUGCUCGGCAGCCGCCUUCGCCUUCUCGCGCACCAAACCUGCAGAGAAGGCGGAUGACAUCCCCGGUUCGGUGACAUGGGAUUGGGUAAAGGAUGCGGUCUUCCUGAAAUGGGCGGAGCCUCCCAGACCCAACGGACUCAUACUGAUGUACGAGAUACGCUACCGUCUGGGCACAGAGCCGGAGAAGCACGAGUGUGUGUCUCGUCAGCACUACCGUCGCCAUGGUGGCGCGCGGCUGCCCAACCUGGGACCCGGCAACUACUCUGCCCACAUCCGGGCCACUUCCCUGGCCGGCAACGGCUCCUGGACCGACCCUGUGGCAUUCUACGUCCCGCACUUUGACCCGUAUGAUAACCUGCUGUACCUGAUGAUCUUCCUGCCCAUUCUGCUGAUCAUCAUCCUCAUCCUCAGCACCAUCUUCUUCCUCCUCAACAGGAAAAGGAAUAGUGAUCGUCUGGGUAACGGUGUCCUGUAUGCGUCUGUGAAUCCGGAGUACUUCAGUGCUGCUGAAAUGUACGUGCCUGAUGAGUGGGAGGUGGCUCGUGAGAAGAUCACCAUGUCCCGGGAGCUGGGGCAGGGCAGCUUCGGCAUGGUGUACGAGGGCAUGGCCAAGGGCGUGGUGAAGGACGAGCCCGAGACCCGGGUGGCCAUCAAGACCGUCAACGAGUCGGCCAGCAUGCACGAGCGCAUCGAGUUCCUCAACGAGGCCUCCGUCAUGAAGGAGUUCAACUGCCACCAUGUGGUGCGUCUGCUGGGCGUGGUCUCUCAGGGCCAGCCCACCCUGGUGAUCAUGGAGCUGAUGACACGAGGAGACCUGAAGAGCUACCUGAGGUCACUACGCUCCAAAGAGCAGGGUGGCAGUGGUCUGCCCCUGCCCCCCCUGAAGAAGAUGAUCCAGAUGACGGGGGAGAUCGCGGACGGCAUGGCCUACCUCAACGCCAACAAGUUCGUACACAGAGACCUGGCCGCCCGGAACUGCAUGGUGGCAGAGGACUUCACCGUCAAGAUAGGAGACUUUGGCAUGACGCGGGACAUCUAUGAGACGGACUACUACCGCAAGGGGGGCAAGGGCCUGCUGCCGGUCAGGUGGAUGUCACCAGAGUCCCUCAAGGACGGAGUCUUCACCACCAUGUCAGACGUCUGGUCGUUUGGCGUGGUGCUGUGGGAGAUUGCCACCCUGGCGGAGCAGCCGUAUCAGGGCAUGUCCAACGAGCAGGUGCUGCGCUUCGUCAUGGAGGGAGGCCUGCUGGACAAGCCGGACAACUGCGCCGAUAUGCUCUUUGAGCUGAUGCGGAUGUGCUGGCAGUACAACCCCAAGAUGAGACCAUCCUUCCUGGAGAUCAUCAGCAGCAUUAAGGAGGAGCUGGAGACUGGCUUCAGGGAGGUGAGUUUCUUCUACAGCGAGGAGAACAAGGCUCCCGAUACGGAGGAGUUGGACAUGGACGCCGUUCAGCUGACCAUGGAGGCCCACCAGAGCAACCUGCAGCCCCUCACGGCAGCCAGCGCUCAGCCCAACAACACCACCACCAACGCCAACGCAGCAGCAGCAGCGGCAGCAGCGGCAGCAGCAGCCUCCUCUUCCCCUGGACCUUCCACAUCCCACGCGUCCUCCUGCGCCGCGCCCCCUAGCAACGCAACAUCCUGCGCCACGCCCCCUAGCAACGCAGCCUCCUCCUGCUCCUCCUCCUCUGGACCCUCUGUAUCCGGGCCGGGCUCAGGCUCGGGGUGUGUUUCUGCAUCCAGCGCUCCCCUCACCACCCCGCCCUGCAACAACACCGCCUCUGCCUCCUCAGCAUCAGCAUCAGCCGUCACCAUGGCGACAGGUGCAGCAUCAUCAGCAUCGACAUCAGCAUCACCGGCUGCUAUGUGCAACGCUGCCUCUUCAUCCUCCACCCCUUCUGCGAACGCUGCUCCCAGCACGGCUGUUGGCAUGGCGACGGCCUCCAGCGGAGCGUACAGUGAGGUGUCGGGCUGUGGGGCGGUGCAGCCGCCCGGGGUGUCGGGGUGCGCGUCGGGGCCGUCGGGGGGUGCAGCUGGCCCCCCUCCUGGGUCGCCCCUCGCCCCCUCCUCCCCUUCCUCCUCCUCGCCCGGCUCCGAUAGGCCGUCGGGGCAGCAGGGACACGCCCACGCGGCGGCCAACGGACCAAUGGCGCUGCUGGGGGCCGGGCUGGACGAGAGCCAGCCGUACGCGCACAUGAACGGACGCAAGAGCCAGAGGUCACUGCCCCUGCCACAGUCCUCUGCCUGCUGACACACACACACACUCUGAACAAACACACACUCCCUAACAUACACACACACAGUCCUUAAACACUCACACUCCUUAAUGCGCACACACACUCUGAACAAACACACUCCUUUACGCAAACGCGCACACACACACUCUGAAAAAAACACACUCCUUAAUGCACACACAAACACUCCGCAUUUCUCUCCUCUGUCCUGCCUCAGUCCUUGAUCCAGUCCUCCAUUUGCUGACAAACACACACACACACACACACACACACACACACACACACACACACACACACACACACACACACACACACACACACACACACACACACACAUUUUCAUUCACCCGCGACCUCUUGUUUCUUGAGGUCUGCAGUGCGUCGCCUUUCUGUUUGUCUGUCCAGCCAUUUCCUUCACUCUGGAUGAUCAGGCUAGACUGGAGUCUUAGUUCCACGUGCCCGUGUGCGUGCCCGUGUGCGUGCGUGUGUGCCCGCGUGUGUGCCCGCGUGCUCCACAACACCAGAGGGGCCCUAUCGAAUAGGCGGAGACUGUUGGCAUAGUAACCGCCAAAACCGCACGCCUGUCCCUCUCAUUGGCAUGACGACUGGAGUUUGUACCGUACCUCAGUGGACCUCUCCGAAUUCUUUCUCAUGAGGACGAGCAUUCUUUUUUUGUUUUGUUUUAGUUCAUUAUUUUAUUUUUAUUUUCUGAGAUUUCCUAUCAACUGACAAUAGCACCAAACCAACCUGCUGCUGUGUGUGUUCGUGUGCGUGUGUGUGUAUGCGUGUGUAUGCGUGUG